UGUUCCGAUAUCUGCUCUGGAAAAUGAUGGAGAGGCCGGAGAUGUUGCAUUGUUCGGACCACUUGGUACCAAUCUUUUAAUUCCGAUAUCUGCUCUGGAAAAUAAUGGAGAAGCCGGAGAUGUUGCACGGACCGCUUGGUACCAAUCUUUUCGUUCCGAUAUCUGCUCUUGAAAAUGAUGAAGAGGAUGGAGAUUUUGCAUCACUUACAACACUUGGACCUACUCUCCUUGCUUUAUUUUGUACAUAAAAUGCUGGAAGUUGUAGAGAUUCCAUUUCGUUCGUACUGCUAAAAACUUUUUUAGCCACAUCUAAAUCAGAAGCAACUGAAAUGAUCCCGCGAGUGGCUAUAGAUAAUGUCAGAGAAAUGAACUGAAACACCACAACUCCAAAAAAUCCUUUCAUAUUUCGUUUGGCUUCUGCUGUUUUAAGGUGAAAAACUGAAAAUGGUUGUAUUAUAGGGUGAACGAAGAUAGCAACUUUAUAUCAGGC